GCCACUUCCUUUGUUCGUAACGUUCUCCUGCUUGAUGCCUUACGUUGCUUGCUACUCUGACGAUCAAGCUUGUCAAUUUGAAGUUCAUGCGAUUAGCGAUUCCGGCUUGCGCCGCACUGGGAAAUUUACUCACCGUCAUAGACGAAGCAAGUCAUUUGAACGCUCAAAAUGUCGAAUUUGCAUCCAAAAUGUGUUUCUAUCAGGAGAAUUACUUGCGCACAGCCAUCAUGCUAGGAGAAGUUACUCCAUGGUGGUGUCAGCUCCGCGCCAGAAGCAUGAUGUGGCAGUUCAACUUUCAACCUUCAUUUUAUAGAAGCCAUCACAGCCACUGGAAAAACGACACCCGGUAAUCGAAGUGGGAGAUCUCUAGUAUCUCAC